GUUCACUUAAAUUCCAAAAUGGCCGAGGUAACGGAUGAUGUUUUGAGAAUAUUGCCUGCGUCAUAUUCGCUGUGGAUUGCAUUGAUUUUAUCCGUGGGAGUCUACUUCCUCGCCAAUUUUGGGAUCGGAUGUUUUCGACAACGGAGGCGUGCUGCAAAAUCGGUUGCUGGUAUUCCUGGCCCACCGGGGCACUGGCUAAAGGGACACCUUGACUACGUAAGUUCUAAUACUCUCUAAUCAUCGAUAAUCAAGUGCGCGCUCACCUGAUAUCACACUGAUAUCAAGUCCUUUAAGGUUAUUUUGGGGCAGACUCAUUAAGACUCGAAUAAGGAUCAGAACUUGGCGAUGAAGAUCAGAACCGAUCUUCGUAAAGGAUCAGAAUUUGACAAAGCAGAAAUGAGCCCAAUGAUUUCGUAGCAAAGAGAGAUUAAAAGAGAUUCGAGUCACUUAAAUACAAAAUUCCACUUGCACUUGGAUUUAAGAAAAGAGGCGUCGCAAGGAAGGGGUGGUUGGGGGGAGGGUAGGGGGUCUACCAUUGAGUGACCAGUUAACACCGCACCCAAGGCAAAUUACUGAGAUAUCUUGGGUGUAACUCCCCGAAGGGUAUUGUUUUUUAGUCCUUUUAAGCCUAAAACGGGCACGCUUUUGUAAUGAAAAUGGUGUAUGCAGGAUGUAGAGCUUCCAAAAUUUGCUGCUUUUAAAGACCUUUCACAGAGUAGAGUAGAUAAAGCGCCGAUCUCACAAAAGUAUUGCCAUUCUAAAAAGUCAUGGAACACCUUUAAACGGUCCUCACGAGUCAUGAAAUGUACUAGCAUUAUUUUUGAUAAGUAAUCUACGAAACGCUCGUCAUAAAUCAUUUUUACAGUUUUAAAAGGUUUUUUGGGAGCGUCUCUUAUGAACUGGAGAAACUUCACUUCCAUCACCCAAAACGGGUAAUAUUAUCACUUUGAGUAAUGACUCCGGGGGGGGAAUACUCCCUUAGAUAAGCCAUGCAGGUAUGUGCCGCCCCAUCGGGUAGGGUUUUUGGGCCGUUUUGGACUGAAAACGGGUAUGCACAGGUCUGGAAUCGGGUAUGGUUUUUGAGGGAACUACGGGAGUGUAUGAACGUAUUUAUCUUUUCAAUUCUAAAUGAGAAAGAAAGAAACAGAAAUAUGCGAAUUCGAAAUGGAUUUGGAGAAUUUUUUUGUUUGCGCUGUAAUCUAAGAACUGAUAACAUAAUUUCGGCCUAAAGGCCAUGUCUGGCAACGGGUAUGAAUUUUAUAGGUCUGGUCUGAAAGCAGGUGUGGAAAAUUAAAUUUUUUUGGUCUUAAAUCGGGUAAGGAAUCCCACUAAUGAUUGGAAUCCUUAAUCCAAGUUCCACUGACAAAGAAUCCGGAAUCCAGAACCUGGAAACCAAGAUCCAAGAUUCCCUUUCUUGUGGCGAUGUAGUCACUUCACUAAUUUCUAUGAAAUAUUCUGUCGCCAGGCACGGUUCGACGGAGCCGGACUUAAAUUCCACGUCAAGUGUGCAGCUGAGUUUAAGACGUGUUACAGGCUCUGGUUUGGGCCUCUCAGGUCAGCUGUGAUCAUCUGUCACCCGGACACCAUCAAAGUGAUUCAGUCAAGCAAUGCGCCGAAAGAAAGAUUUGUGUAUGAUUUUGUCAGACCAUUUCUUGGUAAGGGUUAGCCUACACAGUUUUGAUUGGUACAGCUACAAGUUUUCUAUAAUGCCAUUUCCUACACUACCUCAACAACACAGAACCCAAAAAAUUAUGUGCAUCUUACUGCAAAACCUAGUGCUUAAAACAUGUUAACUAGCCAGUUAUAGGCCCAUCUACCUGUAAACAACAAUAAAUAUACACCCGGUUAAAAGCCCCCAGCAAAAGAAGCCUUCCCCACUUAUGAGCCCCCAGGGGUAGAAGCUCCCCUCUGGUAUGUAUUAAAAUGAAAUCGAUUUUUACGACGAUUUGAAGCUUAGAAAAGAGUAAAUUCAAAAGGUAUUUUUAUCAGCACUGUUAUGUAGCACUUUGAAACGAUAGUCCCAUUAUAAGCUCCCCUUCCAUAAGCCUUCCUAAAGCCCCUCAGAAAGUAGUAAGUACUGCAAAGCUUUCCUUUGAAUAGUCGCAGUUCAGGAUUUCAUUCAGACUCAAAAGUUUUAACAUCCACCCUGUACAUAAUAUAUUAUGGUAAAUACUGGGAGGUGGAAAAGGGGUCCAAACCUUCUGCCGCUCGUCAUUUAAGCACUGUUCCGUAAUUCCCCUCUAUAUCCCCCGCUCCCCAACCUAUUAGAACUCCCAUCCCCACCCUUUCCUCUCCCAUCUCCCGUAUCCCUCCCGGGCUCCCACCCCUUAUCCUCCCCCACUAAAUAACAGGGCAAAGUGUACAGCCCAGUAGCUAUUCUGGGUCAGACACACUUUACGAGUUCUAGACUACUUGGCUUUUUAUUAAUCAGAUACCCUACUGUUUUUUUCCCCAGGGGAUGGUCUGGUGACAUCCGAAGGAGAAAGAUGGUUCCGUAUGAGAAGGCUUCUUACUCCUGCCUUUCACUUCGAAAUUCUCAAACCAUACGUUCGGGUUUUUCAGGACUCUACAGAUGUUCUCUUGGUAUGAUCUCAAUUCAGAUACUGUUGCAACAAAUACGUUAAGUGUCACGGGAAUUAUAGCUUGCAUAACCUCGAUCUUUCAAUUGUUCUUUCAGAAAAAGUGGUCCUCGCAGGGGAGUGGUGAGGUGGAGUUGUUUCAUCACGUGAGUUUAAUGACGCUGGACUCUAUCCUCAAAUGUGCUCAUAGUUACCUAAGCAACUGCCAAACACAAGAGUAAGUAAUGAGCUAUCACCGUGUGUUGUUUCUAACAUAAAUAAUUAUUUGAGCUAACGUUGUUUGAGAUUUUUUUCUUCUCUUGUUUAGGGACCAAGACCCAUAUAUCGCUGUUGUCUACGAAGCUUCAAAUCAGAUUCUUAACAGGCUCAUGUAAGACAUUCAUUUAACGCUUUGUUCGCUUUUAUUCUUUUUAUACACAUGCACCACUGGUAUAAGAUAUUCUCCCGGGUGGGGUAGGGCCCAAUAUGGUUAACCUUUUCUAGUUUGGUUAACAGGUAAUUGACCGACCGUUCCAGACUCUGUGGGUGGGGGCGGUGGGCGCUGAAGAUGAAACUAUCAAAAGGAAGGGAGGGGAGUGUGUGAGACUAUAAAAGUUAGGAUCCUGUCUUGACGAAAAUCACUUUAACUGCAAACAUUAUGUCAGCUUCAGUCUAUAUAUUUCACGUUGAACAUCCAUGAUACUGAUUUCUUCGUUUUGCCCCAUGUAUGGAUUCCACAUUGUGCAUUCCGGACUCCAGGUACUGGACUCUGGAUGCCUUGGCAGUGGAACGUGGAUUCUGGUUUUCAAUUGUUAGCGGGAUUCCGGAUUCCAGAAAAAAAAUUUUUUCGAUUCCCUGAAAACAGAUUACUUUUCGUACCGGGUGAUUCUUGGUUUUUGACUCAGCAAUGUUGGUGGUUUAACACAUGAGGUUUUCUAAUAAAACAGGAAUCCUCUUCACCAUGCGGACGAAGUCUAUAAACUAACCCCAGAAGGAAGAAAGUUCUUCAAGAAUUGUGAUUUUGCGAAGACCAAAGCACACCAAAUUGUCAAAGCUAGAAGGAAAACUCUUCACCGAGACACUGUGAGUACAAAUUCAAUCAUUUGUGUCAGGAUUUGUGUCAAUUCAGAAUAAAACUUGUCGAAAACGUUUCCUUGUUUAACUGUUCUGUUAUGUAUAAGAGUUUCUCUUUCCCCGGCAGGAAGAUAAAAAACUGAGGGAAAAGAAACAUUUGGACUUUCUAGACAUUCUUUUGAAGGCUAAGGUAAGAGGGAUCUUGUUCAACGAAAAUUUCACUAUCUAACCUUUAGACAUUCAUAGGUCAUUCUAAGACUUAGGGGAAGGCAUAUGAAUACAGCCCUUUCAGUAAGCCAUUCUCACUUUUUUGAUCUACGGACCCCGACUAGCAUGACGCAAGAAAAGGCGCUAUCUUCGUCUAGAAUUUACCGAGACUGCUUUUACAAAAGAAUUACUACAUGGAAAAUGUCGAAACUAACGUUUCAGAGUUUGUAAUUCCAAAAUUUUCUGAAGGGGAUACCUCCAGAUCCCCAUAAUUAAAAAGCUCGCUCUCUUUGCGCUUGCACGUUAAUUUUGCCUCUUUUCAAUUUUUCCCGGCUACGGUGCAUCUAACGUAAAAUUUCUUCCUGCGUUUUGCGCUAUGCAUCGCGAAAACUCUUUAAUGAUGUUUUUUUUUUUGAGAGGGAAAGUUCGAGUCUUCACAAUUGUAAAGGCAAUAUUUAUUUCCAGUGACUUCUUUCACUUUUUGUUCAGUGAAAAUUAAAAGGAUAUUAGCUUCUUCAGUGUUCUCUGUCUCAGGAUGACAACGGAAAUGGGCUGAGCGAUGAAGAAAUUGUUGGUGAAGUUAUGACGUUCAUGUUUGCUGGUCACGAUACAACUGCUAGUGGUAUGUGUACGAGAGAGAUAGUUUUAUUUAUUUCUUUGCUUUGAUGUCGUUAAUAUUUUGGUCUUAGUGAUUCAUGUAAUGUUUGCAUCUUACUGUUCAUUAGUGUUUUCGUUAUCAUCAUCAGUAUCAUCACUACCAUUUUUCUCCUCCUUCUCAUCAAAGUUAUAAUCAUCGACAUCACCAUCAUCAUUAUCAUCAUCAUCAUCGUUAUCAUUAUUUUUACCAAAGUAAUCAUGCUCAGGACUACAUUUUGAGCAUUUCCCCUACGGGGGAAUCACCUCACGCCUAUCAAAACCUCAAGAAAGGACCCAUUGAUCACUAUUUACCUUAAACUUUUCCUUAGUUAUUGCAUGGACUUUAUACAACUUAGCAAAGUAUCCCGAACAUCAAGAGAAAUGCCGACAGGAAGUCGAUGAAGUGGUUGGGUUCAAUCAAGACUUAGACUGGUAAGAACGUAGCUAGUAACAGUCAUCGAAAAAAGUGACCUGACCUUCUGUGCUGAAAAUUUUGCUCACAACUUUCUUAUUUCCGCAUCUUGCGAGCCUAGUGCCUGUUCUUUUAGAGCUUAUUUCAGGCUGCUCACAAACCCUCCGCUACACCUUCCUAAAUUCAUUUCGCUGACUUCUCUGCCAGAGAUAGCCAAGUGACUUUCGUGUUGCCCGGGUGUAAUUGGCGUUUCUCUCGAGCUUGCUUACUAUCUCUCUUAUACUGCUACUCAGUGUGUCACCAAUGCCACCAGUAGGAUUUUUUUAUUCCGUACUCCCGAUGGUUAUUCUCGGCAUUUCGUAUCCAGUCAUAAUUUCAAUCCCGAAUCUCGCCCCCAUUUUGCUUUAAAAUCCCUAGCUCAGACAUUCAAAUAAGGCAAAUCCCGUGUCCCGAAGAACCUGUUUGGGACCCUCUAAUUAGGCAUUUUUGUUCCCAUAACCACUCCCUUAAUUUUCGACAAACGAGUUCACGACUGGCUCUUGCAAUGUGAAUGUUACUUUAGCUACUUUCAAUUGCGCAUGCUCUGAUUGUUUUAACAGGAAACACCUGAGCAAACUGAAGUACAUGCUCAUGUGCAUUAAGGAGUCAUGCAGGGUAUUUGCCCCAGUCCCCAUGAUAAGUCGAUCUUUGGACAAGACUUAUGAAAUAGACGGUCAUCUUGUUCCUGAAGGUAUACAGACACAAUUGCAACAGGUCUUGUCAAUUUUAACCCCUGUUAUAGAGGGGUUGUAAAUAUCAUAAAGUUCUACAUCUUUCGAGUGUGAAAUGUAAAUUUAUAAAGAAAACUCUCAUACGCUUUUCUUACGAUUUUUAGCUAGAUAACUUUAUUUGUGCACUACACUCGUCUGCCUUUCGUAAUUUCCACUACUGAUUUAAAUCUUCGUCUUCUGGCAAACGCAUUAAAAAAGGAGAAUAUUGCUCCAUUUCAGGUUCCUGGGUGAUGACAAAUAUUUACGCCCUGCACCACAACCCGCACGUUUGGAAGGACCCAGAGGUUGGUCGAUGUAAUUUGAUCAAAUAAGAAACCAGAAGGAGUCUUUCAGGUUUAGAGCCUUCAAAUGUCGUGUAAUGUAGCAACCACACUGCGCUGAUGGAUCUACAAUCUCGCUUUGAGUCACGUUUUCAAGUUUUUGUCCUCUUUUGCCGAGAGGACAAGCCUAUUACUUUUCAAGAACUGCUACCUUUUCAAAAAGAGGCUAUAACUUUCUAGAACAGAUCAAAAUCAACAUCGCCCAUAUGAAAAAUCAUUCACUGCGUUUUUCCAUUUUAUAUUAUGAUGUAGAUCUUUGAUCCAUUGCGGUUUACAAUUGAGAACGUAAAGGACACGUCGCCAUAUGCUUUCAUUCCUUUCUCAGCAGGCCCAAGGUAAGCGUUAUGACAGUCGAUCGUUUGUUACUACUUGUUUGAUAAGGUUUUCUGUUGAGCUCCGUAUGUUUUCCCUGAUCUCAGUCGGGUUCCUGGUGAGGAGAGGCCUGAGGGAUAGACCUUGGGGGAAGCCCUUAAUUUAGACAAGAAAGAGACCUAAAUAGCAGAGAAGACUCUCCCCUUUCCCUAAUCUGAAGAGCUGGAUGAAUGUGCCUCCCUUUUCACUCAAUGACUGGAUCCGCUCUUGGGUGUCUGGCAGCCGAUACUCGUCCCUAGUCCAUCAUGACUUAAAAGUUGUUUCGUUAGCUAAUUAGACAACUCCUUCUGAAAGCUUCGUGACGCCCGGUAAUGUUUGCAAAGGAUACGAACUAACACUAUUCCCAAAUUCAGGAACUAUAAGGAAGAAUGUCUACAGGCUUUUGCGCAACGAUUUUUGGGAUCAUUUGGGUGGAAAAGCGUUUGUAAAUGAUAAGUCACUUGUAGAAGGGCAACCAUUAAUCAGUCAUAAGUUACGUGUGUCCAUCAGAAUGAUCAAAGAGAUCAUUGGGCUCACAGCUUUUACCCACUCUUCUUAUGAGGUGUGAGAAUUAGUUUUAAGUAGACUAAUCAAGAUAAAAUCAUAAGUGAUACAAGGAUAAUUCCUUGCGCUCUAUACUACUACAUCCACGAUACGAUGGAAUGGCAUGGGGUGUAAGUAAAACGCCAGAGUCGGGGUCCAUUGCUGUUUGUCGUUUGUUAUUGUUGUAGUUUUUUUAGUUCGUUGUCCGUGUCUAUGUUCGCUAGGGGGAAACUAGUAAGAGAAGUUGAAACAGAAGAAUAAUAGACCCCUUGGCAGUGUUUAAAUGACACCCGAUAAAUCGUCAAACCGCAAUAUUUUCCCUCUUGCGUACCUAAUCUAUUUCUUCAUCUGUCUGAUAUAGGAACUGUAUUGGACAAAACUUUGCACUGACAGAGGUUAAGAUUUCAGUAGCCAUGAUACUUCGCAAGUGAGUUUAACUUAGAACAGCUUUUCUGCAUGGAGACAAAAUGACUUCGCAAAUCAGGCCAGUGCAGGAGUUUGUCUCCCAAAACAGUCCCGAAGUGCAGUUCGACCCAAUUCCGAACCAGUGUCACGUGACACCUCAAACUGGCCAAGUCAAAAACCUCGUAGUAGACUUUCUGAAAGUCCUCCUUUUUUCAUAGUUGGUUAUGCCAUUUUAAAGGACCUGUUUGGCGCGAAAUUCACAGGUCGAAAAUUCCAUCGAUGACUUCAUGACAACUGACCAAUAGUCGACUCGCUACUUCGUCGUUCGCUCGGUUGCGUGCGACCUCAUUGAUGCCCGCUUCGUUCACAUUUCCUCAGUGAAGCUCGCUUCGCUCUCUUUUAAACUUAUGAGAGGUCGACUUGUAGCGUGCAAGUCUAAUCUCGUAGGUACUAUCGAGGGAGACAUUGACUGUCCAAAUUCUUUCUGUCCCCAUUACUGGUUCAUGAAUCCGUAAUUAAAUGUGAAUAAAGUUUCGAAUCAGGUACCUCAAGUCAGCUUCAAACGCUUUGAUAAAAACGUUUAUUGCCAGGGAGGACAAAAUUUCUGUGACUCAAUACUAACUGAAAUGGUUGCUGAUUUAGAGGCCUUAAGCAGGCUUCAAUCCCUCUCCUUGUCGAGUCUAAGGUGUUAUUCAUUAAAAUAAUUUUUUUACUUUUCUUUUUAAACGCAGGUUCAAGUUAUCUCUUGAUCCCGCAAACGUCGUCCCAGUGGAUGAUCUGAUUCCUGAACUCAUAUUACGCUCCAAGAAUGGAAUACGGAUUAAUAUCUCAACCCGCAUUUAA